AUGUCCUUGGAGGCUAUUCUCUUCGAUAGAUCGGAUCUACAAAAUGUGUCAGUCAAAGUUUUGGAUCAAUUGUUGCUGCCGUACACCACCGCAUACGUCCCGAUCAAUACCAUUGACGAUGGUUAUCGUGUUAUCAAAUUGAUGCAAGUACGAGGUGCACCUGCUAUUGCCAUCGUCGGCUCACUUUCGGUACUCUCAGAAGCUCAACUAUUAGGAAAUGAGAAUUUUACUCAAACACAGACUUUCUACGAUACAAGUGAUUUCGACAGGAUCCGUUCAACUUUGAAGCAGAGGCUGGCAUUUCUACUCGAUAGUAGACCCACUGCAGUGAAUCUUUCAAAUGCUCUUUCUGAAAUCGAAAAGAUCUUGAAGAAUUCCGACACUCUCGAGUCCUUCCGUCGCCAACUUUACGAAUUCGUGUGCCAACUGAUUGACGAUGAUCUCUCGAACAAUGUGAAAAUGGGCAAUAACGGUGCUGAAUUUUUGCUAAAACAAUUGAAGAGUGAAAGUUUUGACCAAGACUUUGCUGUUCUAACCAUUUGUAAUACGGGAUCGUUGGCCACAUCUGGCUACGGUACCGCUCUAGGUGUGAUUCGUUCACUGUGGAAAGAUGCCAGUGCUCAGCUUUCCCAAGAGCAAAACUCCGACAAAAAACGUAAAGUGGACCGUGGGGGUGCCAAGAUGACUCAUGUUUUCCCUCUGGAGACUCGUCCUUACAAUCAAGGUUCGCGAUUAACCGCCUACGAGCUCGUGCACGACAACAUUCCUGCCACUUUGAUUCCCGACAGUUCAAUCACCUACCGCAUAGCUACGAGCGAUAUCCCCAUCAAGGCGGCAUUUGUGGGUGCGGAUCGGAUCGUGCGCAAUGGGGACACUGCGAACAAGAUAGGCACAUAUCAGCUGGCCCUCAUUUGCAAGCAGUUUGGCAUCAAGUUUUUCGUAACUGCUCCCAAGACCACAAUAGACAGCGUUACAGAAACGGGUGCGGGCAUAGUAGUCGAGGAACGGAAGGCAGACGAGUUUAAACACGUUGCAGGAACCGUUAUUGACGGUGCUACUGGAGAGCCACAACUGUCCGGGGACGGCAAACCGAUGGCCGGAAAAGUAGGAGUGGCUCCCGUGGGUGUGUCAGUUUGGAACCCAGCGUUUGACGUAACGCCCCACGAGCUUAUAGAUGGGAUUGUUACGGAAGUGGGCGUGUACACGAAGGAUGCGGAGGGAAAUUUCGAUCUCACCGAUCUUUUCGAGUGA